CGGCAACAGAUGGCGGCGGUGGCGGGGAGUAACAUUACGUCCAGCACAAAUCUAACGGGGUGGAGGCACUAAUGGGGGAGUCCGGACCUGCUACCAGACUUGGUUAUCUGACGAGGAACCGGAACAACGCUUAGUCAAUCUGACCUCAUUGAGAAAUUUUCGCCUACAGUCUUGGAUUUUUCUCUUUUUGCCUACAUUUUCCACCGGAGGCCGCAGAAGCCUCGGGCUAGAUUUGGCUACACACCGAGCCGAGUGCAGAAGGACAUCUGCGGGAUUGUUUGGAAAGUCUCGUGAAAUGUGUUUGCCUGAAUUUGACGGUUUGAAGUUGUAACCUGUUUAUUUUGUAGAGUCACUUGUGUUUACACGACAGCGAAAAUUGUAAUUAAUGCGGAGCAGUAAAAAAAAGUUACAAGCUAACUAGCUAGCUUGCAAUAAUGCUAGUUAGCUACCUAGCAGCGAAACUCCGGCAGGUUGAAUGAAUGAAUGAAUGAAUCGGCGUCCCACUGCAUUUAACUAACAAGUGCUUGCUGUUAUUACAAGAACACGUCGAGUAUUUCAUGAGACGACACGGGUUUACUACAACAGGGUGAGCCUGUGUGGCUAACUCUUUGACUGUUAACGUUACAUCCCCUCAAAUGGACAGGAAUGCCAUUCCAGGGAGUUGGUGGACAGCGGCGAUUUACCACGCAGAGAUAGUGUUGUGCUAAUACUGACAAAAGCCUGGUAAUGUUUAUGAAGCUGGGGGAAGCUAAUUUUAGCUAGCCACAGAUAUUUGCACGUCUUGGACUUGGCUGCGAUAGUGUGAAGCUUACGCCCGGUUUGGUAUGGGGAAUACGGUGUCAUGCUGCGUCUCUCCCGAGUCGAGCCCCAAGCUCCCGUCGAGACAACCGGCGGAGCGGCUGGAGGAGUUCCAGACCAGCACCGAAGUGAGCGAUGACAACACCGUGCCCUACCUGCAGCACAUAAGCGACAGAGAGGUCCCUGAUGAGCUGGCUCUGGAGUCUAACCCGUCUGACCACGCCCGAGCAAGCACCAUCUUCCUUAGCAAGUCCCAGACAGACGUACGAGACAAGAGGAAAAGCAACCACAUAAAUCAUAUCAGUCAUGUAUCUCCUGGUCCACUGUCAAAGAAAUACAGCUCCUGCUCCACAAUCUUUAUAGACGACAACACCGUCAGCCAGCCAAACCUCAAAAGCACAAUCAAAUGUGUCACAUUAGCAAUAUAUUACCACAUCAAAAACAGGGACUCAGACAGGUCACUGGACAUCUUUGAUGAGAAGUUGCACCCCUUAUCAAGAGAGCCAGUGCCAGACGACUACUCCCGUGUCGACCCAGAACACAAACUGAUCUACCGCUUCGUCAGAACGCUCUUCAGUGCUGCACAGCUGACCGCAGAAUGUGCCAUCGUCACUCUAGUAUAUUUGGAACGCCUGCUGACCUACGCCGAGCUGGAUAUCUGCCCCGCCAACUGGAAACGCAUCGUCCUGGGAGCCAUCUUGUUGGCUUCCAAAGUCUGGGACGACCAGGCUGUGUGGAACGUCGACUACUGCCAGAUCCUUAAAGACAUCACCGUGGAGGACAUGAAUGAGAUGGAACGCCACUUCCUGGAACUUCUUCAGUUUAAUAUCAACGUGCCAGCCAGUGUCUACGCCAAGUACUACUUUGAUCUGCGUCAGCUGGCCGACGACAACAACCUCAGCUUCCCCCUGGAGCCUCUCAACAACCAACGCGCCCAGAAACUAGAGGCCAUUUCAAGACUAUGUGAAGACAAGUAUAAGGACCUGAGUCGAGCGGCAAUGAGACGAUCCUUCAGCGCUGACAACCUGAUAGGUAUACGACGCUCCAACGCUGUGCUGUCAUAGGCCAGACUGCUGCCCUCUCAUUCCCAAAGCCCAGCUAACCCACAGCCAACCCUGCACAAAUGCAGCUGUCUCCCAGGUUCAACAUGGCCACGUCAGUCAGGAUUGAAAUGCUACUGUAAGACCGGCCCACACAGUAAUUUGCAUUACGGCUGCAGAGCUGCGUGAUCGUCAAAUUACACUUGAAAUUGAGGUGUUAACCCAAAACGUGACCACACAACUUUUGUUUUUACAAAUCCCCUAUUUAUUUUUUACUUGUUUCUUAUUUCCCAGAGAAAGUGUUCAGUAGGAAUUUCCUGCAGUUGUCUCUGAGGGGUAGUCUUUGUAUUGUCAUAAAAAUGUAACUUUCCCCCCAAAAUAUUUGAAUUAUUCCAAGUCUGGUGCUUUUCUAUAUUUUAGCUGUGGUCACAAAAUUCCAUGAAAAGACCAAAGCCAACGAUGUGUCCAUCUGUGGCGUUCAGCCCCAAGCCCACUGCUUUGUGCUGAAGGUAUAAAUAUAAUGUCGCUCACAAAUAUAUAAUCCAAUGAUUAAAAACAAAACAGCUGCCAGGGUUUUUCAACCAUUAAAUCAAGAAAAGGAAAAAGUGUGUCAGGGACUUUUUUAGUGGCAGAUUAAUACACAUUCGGUGCUCUGAGUGAUUUAUUACAGCAGCAGGAUGGUGUGUAUGUGGUUCAGUCAAAGUAAGCGACAUUGUGUUCAUGGUAAUGAAGGAAAAUUUCACCCACUGAAACAGUUUGGCUACCGUUGGGUAUUGUUGGGGCUUUUUCCUCAAUACCAAUGCGACAAACAAUACGUUUAACCCUCAGGUCCUGUUAAAAACGACUAUCAUCAAUUGUUAUUAUUAUUAACAAUAAAACAGACUGGGUUUUUGAACAAUAAGAAAAAAUGUCCAGAACCUUAGGAACUACAGUCCUUGCUAAGGAAGAAAGAAUGAUCUUUGCAGACGGGUUUACCACAGCUGCAGCCUCUGGUUGUCACCCGUUUCUGCCUUUUGCCAGUGGUCGCUCAAGGGAGACACAAGCUGCACUGCAUGCGGCUGCCCCUAUCUCUCUCCCCCUCGUCUGGCUCCGCAGAUGACCCCGCUGCUGUUGUAGCUGCUGCCUGCCCCUUGACAGCCUCCACAUAGGCCCUGGCGAAGGGAGCUCGACUGGAUAAGCGGCGUGACCAGAGCUUUCCCCAGCUCCUCAAUGAAGAGGCGGCGCCGGUACGAGCAUCCCCGUUUCCAAUCAGGGUCAAUGUGGCUCCACAGGACAAAGGCAUUGUAGCAGGAGAUGUCCAACAGGUUAUAGAAGAGGCAGAGUGGCCAGCGCUGGGUCUUUCGUUUGCAGGAAUACAGGGAAACUUGCUGGAGAGAGAGAGAAAAAAAGGAAAAUGAAUAAAUGAUUACACAAACAUUUAUCAUGCGUAAGCUACAAGUAAAAAAUAUGUUUAUUCAUAUAUGAAUAAUUACCUGGUCCAAAUGAUCCACCCCUCCUUUCGUCCUGUUGUAGUCCAGGAUCAUGACUGGUUUACGGUGGGGGUCAUCAGCGAUAUCAGCCUGCCUGUGCCGAGUGGAGAGUAGCAGGACCAGCUUCCUCCUCUUGCCCUUGGCCAGGAAGCUGACAGCUGUGCAUGUGGGGGUGUGAGCGAACACAGAGGAGAGGACCUCCCAGGAGGGCUGGUGGUGAUUCCGGCUUGUUUCUUCGAAUUGUCCCGAGCAUAGCCAGCUUCCCCCGGGCAUGGCUUGUGAAAAAAUUGUCCAUGGUAAUAGUGUGGCCAGUGGGAAGUCCCUCCGUCAGCUCAAGCACCACCCGCUGCAAAGUUCUCUGGAGAGUCCAUAAAAUGGCGCAACAGGACCUGAGGCAUGUUCUCCCUGUGUCAGCGUGGGUUUCAUCUUGGUACUCCGGCUUCCUCCCACAGUCCAAAGACAUGCAGGUUAAUUGGUGAUUCUAAAAACCCUACCUCAGAAGAGAACUAGAAGCCAGUCAUCUUUCCAUUAUCUGUUUAGGAGCAGUGAAACAGUCGCUACGGUGCUGAAUUAAAUGAGCCUGAUCAGGUUGAAAUGAGAGGCUAACUUCGCUCGUUAACUUCAAGGCUAACCCUGCUUCUUUAAUCAGCAGGUGGCAAGCAUGACACAGGAACAUGGCUUUGGUCUUGAGGAGUUGUAGCAUGUAUUCACUGACAAAUAGACUAAACUUUACUCACAUUGCACUAUGUUUUAACGUCACAAGCACUGCGAUGGUCGCGGCAGCUUCACUGUAGCGUGCCUCUCUUUUGCACAAUCUCUCGCACACUUUGGCUCUUGCGCACUCGCUACGUACGCAGUCUGGCACUAAAAUCUACCUGUUGCACAGGGGUUCAGUAACCAGCCCAGAGUGUGGCUGAUGUGUUUCUAACAGUUUCUGAACAAUAAUAGAGCUCUAUGGCUCAGACGAAUAAUGUCAUGUUUUAAAUAAACAGACCGUAUUUGUUGGAUCAGUUCAUCAUUGGUUUUGGUCUUUUCAAGGGAUUUGUUGACAAUACGGAAAUAACAAAUAUCACCCGACAGAUAAAAUGUCAAAGCAGUUCCUUGUAAAUUAGAUUUAAUCCCAAAAGUUAAUUUUGAGAGUGUAAAAAGAGGUGUUUAACGUGAAUUCCACUGGUGUUGGACACUAUUUAAAUUAUCUUCACAUUUGAAUUGGGAUAGACUCAACAGCAUGUCAGCUUUAUUCCGCAGGAGUUGGCUGAAUUUAGCAAACCUUCUGUUCUAAUGUGUCUGAGAAUCAGGAGUGCCAAUCUGGGGUCAGUUUCACUUUCCAGAGACACUCCAAGUGGGCAAACAGGAGCGAUUUCACAGAUUCAGGAUCAGUAUUGCUACCGAGCGGCUCGAUGUAGCAGUUAGGUCGACAAAAUGUAGGCUGGAUCCACGCUGUCCACCCUCAGUAUUGUGCCCCCUCAAAUCCUGCCACCCUGACCCCGCCUCAAAGAGCCCGUCAUCAGAUUACCAACCCCUGCUUGUCCCAGGCCCCCGGCCAGAGCUCUCGAACAAACUACAUAGAUACUGAGGGAGAAAAGAGACUGAUGGAUACUCCCCUCCUUUUUGCUUACUAUGUAGGCUACUUAGCUGUGAAAUUUGUCUUGUUUUUAAAUUGAAAAAAAAAAACAUUUGCAGAUGGAGUAUUUUAAAUAAACACUAAUCAUGUA